AUGUUCAUGUCUCUGUUGAAUGAUGUAAUCGAAGAUUACGAGAAGGACGAUACUUCCAGAAAUGGUAUCGAGGAUGUAACCCAUGUCUUUAGUCCUACAGAACAACGCAUCAUAUUUCAGAUUUCUGAAGAUACCUUAGCAGUGAUGGCUAUCUUAUGGUUCAUGUUCAACGUUGUAAUCAUGUGCAAACUGCUAUAUCUAACGAGUGUUGUAUUAUUGGAGAUAGAGAUGGAUGAAGACAAUGAGUAA